AUCCCCGCCAAAGGCCUGGAAUAAUAUAUGGAUAAACCUCAGAGAAGAGCAGAAAGCCAGCGGCUAUGGAGAGCGGAAUGAUAUCAGUGGACCGGUGGGGGAAUGGAAGCCAGGCCUACUUCCUCACCCACCUCCACGCCGACCAUACCCACGGCCUCUCUCCCUCGUGGCGGAGAGGCCCUCUCUUCUGCUCCCGCGUCUCCGCCAUCCUCUUCCCUUCCAAGUUCCCCGGCUUCGACCUCUCCCUCCUCCGCGUCGUCGAUGUCGGCAACUGGUAUUCCCUUUCCCUCCUCUCCCCCUCCUCCGCCUCCGCCUCCGCUACCCAUCUCCACUUCAUGCCCCUCGACGCUCACCACUGCCCAGGAGCGGUCAUGUAUUUGUUUCGUGGUGAAUUUGGUUGUCAGCUUCACACUGGGGAUUUUCGUUGGGAAGAAAGAAGUGAUAGAGCACUUAUUGGAAGGGAAAUGCUACUCAAUGCUUUGAAGGAUGUAAAACUUGAUUUCCUGUACUUGGACAAUACUUAUUGCAAUCCAUCAUAUUCCUUUCCUUCUCGUGAAGUGGCUGCUAGGCAGGUUGUGAAUAUCAUUGCCUCCUAUCCUAAGCAUGACAUAGUCAUUGCCAUUGACUCGUUGGGGAAAGAAAACCUUCUGGUAUACAUAUCCCGUGUACUCAAAAUAAAGAUUUGGGUGUGGCCAGAGCGCCUGCAAACCAUGCAUCUGCUUGGUUUCCGUGACAUCUUUACAACUAAAACUUCUCUUACCAGAGUCCGUGCAAUUCCUCGUUACAGUUUUAGCAUUGAGACUCUUGAAGCUUUGAAUAUAAGGCGUCCUACCAUAGGAAUCAUGCCAUCUGGACUUCCAUGGUUAGUGAAAAAAGAUGGGGGAAAUACCAAUACAUUUGGCUCUUCUCGUUUAGUUUGUAACCAUGAUGAGAGCAGUUGGCACUCAGAUGCUGCCACUAGCAGCAAGCCAAGCUGUCCAAAUAAAGAUUCAAACACUUUUGAAAGAUACCAUCAAUAUAUAUAUACCGUUCCAUAUUCUGAUCACUCUUGCUUUGCUGAGUUACAAGAUUUUGUCAAACUUCUAAAACCAGUUAAUAUUAAAGGCAUUGUCACUAAAGCUCCUUGUUGCAUUAACCCCAUGUAUUACUUUGGACAUCUUUGUGGAACAAAGCAAGCAUCAAAAGUGUUGCACCAGAAGCCAGGAACCAUAAGAAUAGACAGAAUUGAAGCUGCUCGUAUUAAGUCUUCUACUGGAAGUGGUGACUCAAGGGUAAAAAGGAAAAAGAGUGUUAAAAAGUUGGAGCAUGCAACUGUUCAUGUUGGUAGGGUUAGCAUAUUGAGAAGAGUGCGGCGUGGGGCAAAGAUUCUGGAUACAGAUUGUAUUGAUUAACUGCACUCCCAUGUUCAGUUACCUCAGAGUAUGUGAUAGUCACGAAUACUGGAAUUGCAAAUAUCCAAAAGAAAUGUAAAGCCAAUCAUAUAUUGGCUGUUUUUAACUUUUUAUUGUCAACAGAUAUAAGAAGCCAAUCAGUCUUUUCUUUUCUAUUUUCUUCUCUCUAGCUGUUGUGGUUCAAUUUUGUAAAUUUUUGGUGUAAGAAGUUAACAACCAUAGAGCUUCUGUUUAAGCAAUCAGUUACAUAAAUGUCAUGAAGUGUAGGUUGAUUAUUCUUUA